UUACUCCCUCCCACAUGGCGGCCUCAGUACUUGUAAUACCAGUGGCCAGCUUGCGCACAUAACGUUCAUUUCUCAAACUCUGUUUUCCUUGAGUGCUUGGAUAAUCGACUGUACUCGCCCUCAAGUCCCAGUUAGAUCUCAUGAUGCCAGCGGGUAAUUUCGACGGGAAUUGCACCCGUGUGCAGUAGUAUCUCCGAGAUACACGUCUCAAAAACAAGCGACCUGUGACGGCUACGACUGGAUGGCUGACCACAAAUAGAUCAUUGAUGCAUCCGGAUUGUAAACGUGGCUUGACGAGUUCCGCCCAUCGCAGGACACAUGGCGGAACGCUGCAGCAACGUGCUGGCCUUUGUUCAGAAGGGGAGGUUAUCAUCUGAUAUGGAAUAUCAGAAAUCAUGAUGUUGUGGGCGUUAACAGACCUGGCAUGCUCAUUUUUCGGUGACGAGUUGACCCUUGGAAUGUUCGCACACAGCCGUCCGUCUGUGUGCGAAUCGCACUCUGCACGCUGGUCUAGCCUCUGUGACAGAAAAGACAGUGGAGGGGGACCCUUUUGAUGCUGUCACGGCCGAACCUCGAGGCAACAUUCGAAGUAGGCGACGCGAACUCUUUCGUCGCUUGGAGUUAUCCGGCUACCCCUGGACAUAUAAAGCACCGACUACAUAUAGACUAUCUCCUUGAUUCCCGCCUCUUUCUCCCUGACCUAUGGCGUCUCUCCACUGGGCUCUUGCCGCCGCCGCGAUCGGGUUCUUCGUAUGGCGCGUGUUUGUUGUACCAGCUCCUCUGCGCCACCUGCCGCGCGUUUCCAUCUACGCGCUGCUCAAGAGCUAUCUCGCCAUGGAGCCAGAGGACGUCCGCAUUCGGAAACUGAUCAUGCCGUUUGUGAAUGAGCGCCGGGAAGGGCUCGUGCUGGUCUGGGCCCUCGGCAAAUGGAUGGUUCAUGUACUCGACCAGCAGAUCGCACGUCAAAUGUCCGAUGACCUCAUCGGAUAUCCCAAGGAAAAGCCUCCCCACGACUCCCUCCUGUGGCAUCUCAUCGGACGGUCAAACAUCCUCGUGUCGAAUGCAACGCAGUGGAAAAAACAGUCCCGCCUUAUCAAUGAUGCCAUCAACCUGAAGAUGCCAGUCGAGCAGUUCUCGCUCUUGGCAGACAAAGUGGCGGACUUGCUCGGAGAUGGGGAGCAGACCGUCCAAUGGGACGACUUUGCGCAGCGCUUUGCGGUGGACGCGAUGGGUACUACCGUGUUUGGACAUGAUUUCGAGGCCAUCCGCGAGCACAGCAUGUUUGUGAAGGAGUACAACGGUGUAAUGAGCGGGAUCGCCGAGCCGUUGUACUUGAUCGCGCCAAUCCUUGAGCGUUUGGUUCCGCGUAGGGCUCUCAUCAAGCGCAUCGACACCUUGAUCGAGCACUUCGUCGCGCUGCUCAGGGCCAAACAGAACUCACCUGGGGAUGACAUGAUGUCGUACAUGCUCAAGGAUCCAGAGAUGACCGACCUGGAGCUUCGGGACAACAUGAUUCUGCUCUUCAUCUCAGGCCAUGACACAAAUGCCGGCGCCAUGUCAACCCUGUUCUACUUCCUGGCCACCCACCCCGAGAUACAGAAGCGUGCCCGCGAUGAGGUCCUGUCGGUCAUUGGUUCCAAAGGCGAGCUCACGGCAGAAAACUUGGGCGCCAAUUCGCUACCGUUUCUGAACGCAUGCAUCCGCGAGGCCCUGCGCAUCAACACGCCCAUUUCAUACAUCGUCCCCCGCAUGUCCAGUGCCGACGGGCAGCUCGGCCGCUACGGGAUCCCUGCGGGAACUUCACUCACAAUCAACAUCUAUGCUAUUCACCACGACGAACAUAACUGGGAGAACCCGCACUCGUUCCGACCAGGUCGUUUCGAGAAAGAGGGUCUCAAGAGCUGGCUUCCCUUUGCAUUGGGUUCUCGCCAAUGCCCGGCGCGCAACUUCGGCAUGUAUGAGCAGCGUGUUCUUGCUGCUGCGCUGCUCCGCCAGUAUGAGUGGAGACUUCCCGCUGGGUCAAUACACGAGGACAAAAUCCAGAACGCGUUCUCGCCGUUUGCACUCACCGUACCUCACGAUCUUCAUCUUACAUUUAGCCAACUGUGAUCUGUCUUGUACAUAUGUAGCUCUGUUAAUCUUGCUGUGCUGUACAUGUAAUCGCAAUGGUCCCGAAAAUGUCUGUAAUUACCCCUUCCGACGAUCCGUCCUCCAAGGGCGCUAGUGUCACCUAGUAACAGGUGCGUUACCAGCGUCACUCUCCUGCCUUCUGCGAUCAAGUGGGUGCGCUUUCCUCACAGCGAGUCUCGCCCUCUGACAACUUGCAGUGGAGGACAUAUCCACAGGCUCGGACUCGGACUACUCCAGGUUUGCCUCUGCUGCCUAUCCGCGUGUCGAAUCUCAUCAGCCCACAGCACGUGGAUUUCAUGGUUCCUUUCCUCCAAAGGGAACGAGUACUUUUGCGAGGUCGAUGAGGACUUUAUUCUCGACCGAUUCAAUCUCACGGGCCUGAACAACGAGGUCGCCAACUACACGCAGGCAUUAGAUCUCAUUACAGAUCAGCUGGAUGACGAGGUUCAGGACGAGCUGCGCGGGUCGCUGGAUGUGCAGGCGCGGUUGUUGUACGGCUUGAUUCACGCACGAUGGAUAGUCACCGCCCGGGGUCUCGCGAAAAUGGUCGAGAAGUACAAACGUGGCGACUUCGGGCGCUGUCCGCGCGUGCUCUGCCUCUCCCAAUCCCUCCUCCCCGUCGGCCUGGUCGACGUCCCGUACGAGAAGUCUGUCAAGCUCUACUGCGGCCGGUGCGAGGACCUGUACGGGCCCAAAUCGUCGCGGCACGGCUCGAUCGACGGGGCGUAUUUCGGGACGACGUUUCCGCACCUGCUCUUCCUCGUGUACCCCUCGCUGAUACCUCCCAAAACCGGCGCGCCGCUCGAUGGGCCCAGCAACGGGAGUGCGUCCUCGGAGACGAAGACGCGGCGCCGGGUGCGCGAGGAGAUCCCUGAGAUGACAGGGACGGAGAGUGUCGCGGAGGGGAUCAGCACGGCCAGUGUUGCGAUGAAAACGGAGCGGUACAGGCCCCGGAUAUAUGGCUUCCAGGUCCAUGAGACCGCGAAGCUGCAGAGAUGGCAGGAAGCUGUCAGGGAUAGACAAGUGGCUAAAUUGGAGGACCUCGAGCAACGCGGUAGCUGAUCGAUUUUCCUUCCAUCGUCGUCAUUGGUCGCCCAUUGUAUUGCUUUCUUCCGCGCUGUUACCUCUAUAUACAUCACUUGCCAGCCUGCUGACACCGGAAGCCCUUUUCUGCGCUAAAGACCAAGUGAACAGUUAUCGUCGUAGGAUCGUGCCCCGCAAACCGACCCUUGUCCUC